AUGCGUGCUUCCACCGUUGUCUUUGCGGUUCUUACCGCCACGGCCAACGCCGUCCAGGUCCCUAACCGCGUCAACGAGGCCCUCGCCGCCGCCAACGCCGCUGUCAAGGACCGUCGUGACCUCGAUUCCUGUACUUCUGUCGCGACAUCUAUCCUUCCCAAGAUCACCGACGGCGUCCCCACGCCUCCUGCCGACGUGGCCGCCUAUCUCGCCCUUUCAGCAACCAUCACCGAUCCAUGCUCUGACCCAACAAUCACCGGCUCCAUCGGCUCCGCCUACUCGACGUAUGCGUCAGAGUACACCUCCUGGCGCAACAAGCACAUCUCCGACUUCCGCGCGGUGUGGCAAGCUUGCAGCGACGUGCCGGGCGUUGUCGAUGUUCUGCCUACGGGGACGGACCAGUGCAGUUCUCUCGUCGCGCAGAUCACGAGUGCCGGGCCAGUGAAUGGGGGCGGCUCUGGAAACGGCGUCGGGUCUCCAAACGCUGCGAGACCCAGGGAGACCGGAGCUGUUAUGGCAGCAGCCGCCGUCGCUGGUUUUGUUGUCGCCGCUAUUCAGUAA